AUGAGGGCCUCCUACAAGACAGUCUUAGCUGUACUUCCACUCUACGCAACAACGGCCAUCGCGGAUCGAUAUGCUAGUAAUAUACGACCGGUAAUUGUCGAUGCACCACAAGUGGCGGCGAACUUUCCCGACGUCGAUGGCAUUGAACUAUUGUCGCCUGCUUUCAUAAACCCGGGGAAUGUACCUGCGACAUUCGCGAACGGCACAUCUGGACCCACUCCACAGCGUGAUCUGGAAACCUUCGUGAAAGGCCUCACUCAGCGAAACGGAUGGAUCACCUACAAUAACGACCUGAGAUCCGAGGAAGAUCGCGCGAUACUUAGUAAGAAAUUACGUGUCUGGAUUCAAGAAGGCCAACAUGGGAAUGAGCCCGCGGGCGACGAGGGCGUGCUUGCACUGCUCGGAAAAUUUGCGCAAGACUCCCAGUGGAGUGCCAAGGUCCUUGAGAAGAUCGACCUUACGAUCAUCCCGCGUUACAACGUCGAUGGCGUCAAAUACCUCCAGCGACAACUGGCUUCCAACUACGAUCCAAACCGCGACCAUGCAGUACUCGAGCGACAGCAGACACGAGCGAUUAGAAAGCUGCAGUCUAAAUUCGACCCUCACAUCUUCAUCGACGACCACGAGUAUACAGGCGGCAACUUGGUAGCGGAAAAGUACAUCCGCGCGCAGGAUCUCUUAGUGUCCGCGAACAAGAACCAGAACGUCAAUCCCAGCAUCCGAGCGUUGAACCAGGAAUUCGUCGACGACAUCUUUUCAGUUGCUGAGAGUAAGGACUUGCGCAUCUUCCCAUACUUCACCACGAGUGUUGCAAACGGCACGAUAACGAUUGAAGAGCCGGAUGCGCUUGCUGCGGCAAAUCACAAGGGUGCUGGUAACUACCAGGCCCUUACCUUCCUCGUUGAGACGCGUGGUAUUGCUAUCGCGGAUCAGCACUUCCAGCGACGUGUAGCUUCGCAUGUUAUCGUUCUGGAGACUAUCCUUAAUAAAGCAGUCGAUGAGUUCGACGAUGUAUACAGCACCAUCGAAGCCGGACGUAAAGCAUUCAUCGACAGCAAAGACGAGAUCGUCGUGACCUACGAACAGCGCAUCACAAACAAGACAGUUCCCUUCAUCGACGCAUCAACCGGCUCACUCGUCUCCGUACCCGUCCGCUCUCGAAACAGCGAUCCCUCCAUCGUCACGCUCUCGCGUCCCCGACCAAAAGCCUACGUCUUCUCACGCGCCUGGGCCGAUGUAGCCGAGCGUCUCCGCAUCCUCGGUGUCACCGUCGACGUUCUGGAGAAAGACUUUGUCGGAAAUGUCGAAGCGCUUGUAGUAACAAAGGCUGAGCUAGCUGGGACAAAAUUCGAAGGCAUCGCAGGUACAACUGUCACGACGAAUACGACGCAGCGUGCUGUUACGAUAUCGGCUGGCGGCUUCUACGUUGAUACCAAGCAAAAGAACGCUGGAUAUGCUUUUACGCUGUUGGAACCAGAGGGAGAGGCAAGUCAGGUGUAUUAUAACAAGAUUCCGCUGGAGGUCGGGGAUGAGUAUCCGGUUUUCAGGGUGUUGUAG